AUGUCUUCGGAUGCCACAUUCUUCCAUGACCUGCCCACGGAGCUCAUUCUGGACAUUUGCGAUUUCCUGCCACUGGACGCUUUGCUGGCACUCAAGCUCACAGCUCCACGGCUUAACACUAUGAUCCGCCUGGACCCACGCCGUUGGCAGGAUGUCCUUUCGCCCUGUGCACGACGUGCAAUACACAGCUAUUUGAACCCGUCACCACGAAAGCCCGAUCAACAGCACUGUCGGCUCUGCAAUUCUGCCUAUCCUGUUGCCAUGUUCAGCUCAUCAACCAGUCCAGCAUGCAUUCCCAUGAAGCUCACCACUACGCCCCAUGACGUAGUCCAAUUACCAUCCAACAUCUGCUCCUGGCACGCCACAGCGGCAGAAACAAAUGGACCAGUUGCAAGGACGACAUGUGUAUGCAUUGUGGAAACAUCAUGGGCUGGGCAAGAUGAAGCUGUAACAUGUGAUAGUUGUGGCUUCUGGGCAGUCCGGACCUAUACUCGCCAUCUCAACAACAGCAAAGAGUGCCAGAGAUUUCUCUUUUGGAGAGAAGCUUCAGGGCUGGCUGGUAGUGACGCCGGUCAGCUAUGGGUUUGGGAAGCCUGUGUAGAUGAUGAUGUUGAAGUCCCUUGA